GUUUUUUCCAUUUCUCUUGUAUUUUUCCACCUUCAUCUCUCAAUUCGGGUUACGUUCUCUUAUUGUUAAGCAUAUUCAUGUGUUACACACACGGUACGUGUUUGGUGUCUGGGAUCGUUUUAUUUGUAGUUAUUUAUAUAUUGUUUUAGUUUACAAUUAUAUUAUUGGUUAAACUAGUUCUUUUUGGUUUGUGUUGGGUUUUGGGUUUCAAAUGUUGCAUUCAUUUAUUGCGAUUUCAUUACCCAUUUUUGUGUCUUUUUGAAAGCUUCAAAAUUGAUUUAUUUUUUAAUUGUUUUUCAUUGCUUUUGAGCUUUUCGUAGUAUGUUUUAUGAAAAUUAUCCUUUUGUCAAAUGAUAUUUUUGUGUCCUUGUUUUUUCAUGCUACAAACAAAUCGAUCACUUUCUUUCGCACAUGAAUAUGUUUAGAUAUUAGGAGCAAAAACCUUGAAUUGGUUUGAGAUUGUUUCACGUCAAAUUUUCUUCUCUUCCUUUUUUAUGUUUUUUUUUCACUUCCUUGGUAGGGUUUGUUUUGUCCGAAACUGUUGUUGGAUGUUUAAUAUUCGUGUUUCUUUUCUCUUGCUGCUUUCUCUAUCGUCCUUGUUUACCACUUUAACUACUAGCUCUCUGGCUGGCUUUAAUCUUUUGGCUGUCUCUCGUGAGGGUUCGCUGGUUGGUUGUGUCGUCCUGUACGAUGAAAGAAUUAAGCAAAGCUGCGGCACAACAAUAACCCACGGUUUAACACACACGGUACCACACACAUCUACACCCAAAACAAAAUGUGCAAAUUUUAGAGCAAUCAAAUUUCAAUUCUAAAGCAUCGUUUAGGGAGGUAACGCUUCGAAACGAGCUUGACGUUAGGCUUUUUAAAAAUGGAUACAGCACGCUAACUUUCUUUAGUAUCUCUUUUGAACGGCCUAUAUUGUGUAGAGUUUUGUAGUUCAUGGUUGAAAAAAUAUGUCAAAAUGCAUGGCCAAUUAAUGAUGCCGGGUGUGCGUGGAUGCGUUUUACGAUGUGUCUAUGUUGUGUUUCUUUUCACCAAUGUUUUCUCUUCUAUGCUGUCACGGUGUGCUCUCUCUUACGGUGCUCAUUUGUAUACGUCUUUUAGCUCCACUAGUACGCUUCAAAAGGCGGUUGGUGCUGUGCGCUCGAUCGUGUUGUCCUGCACACGCGGCGUGACGCAGGACCUCUUACCAAGCAAGCAACCGCGGUGGAUAAUAAGGUGCUCUGGUGUAUGGGUACCAUCAACGCUCUAGACUCUUGUGUAAUAAAAUUAAAACAAAAGCACGCAUUUCAUACAACGCCAAACAACCAAACAUGUGUGAAACACGACGCAGGGCUGUGUUGGAAGGUAGUAGUAGUGGUGCCGCCAGGUGUAACGGCUGGUUUGGCUGUGUGUAACAUAACAACGCAACGACGUGUGGAUGUCUGCUCUAACCCCCUUAUCCACCUUGGGAGGAUAUCCUCGUUCAUCUGCACUGCCGUGAGCUCGCUAUGGUGUUAUCGAUCGGUGGAGAUUACUGUGUAGUGUUUUGUCACGUCCUGCUCAUCUGCUAGGGAAGCUACGAGAUCCUUUCUAUCUGUCCCCUCUAAUCUGCGAUCGGCGAUCGGGGUUUUCUCAUAGUCCUUCUCUGUCUGUGUGUGUGUGCGUGGUGUCCGGAUGACGUAGCUGGCUGGAAGGAUGAUAGUGUAAAAAAGCGCACACACAGACACAAAUACAUGCCUGUAUACUGUAGCAAAAGCUCUCCAUUCAACAACCGGCAUCUUACCCAUUUGGUGGACGGCGAACCUGUUCUUGUUGUUGUUGUCGUUGAUGUGAUCGUUGCCUCUCGUGGUCGUGGGCCUCUCACUCUCUCUCUCUGUCUGGGCUAGUGCUGCACUAGUGGAAAAUGCUGCUGUUGGCGUGCUAUAAUUACUACCCCCUUUUACCUUACAUAUUAUUCGUUGGUGGUUUUGUGGUGGGUACACAACAACACUGUGUUGAGACGGAGCCGGGGCAUUACUUAAGCUCAUUAAAAAGCAAAAAAAAAAAAAAAUGGUAAUCAUAUCUCCUUCCCCUUUAUUUUGCAUUUCUUAUACGGUGAGUGUUACGAAAUCAGUUUAUUUUUUAUGUUAAUUUAGUUGUUUUCCAUCGCUAACCCAUCCCUGUCACACCAUCUGUCUGUUAAUUUCUUUCAUUAUUUUUUUUGUUAUUUUAUUUGGCUUACUAACAUUUGCUUUCUUUUGGCGUAUUUUAUUGUUUGUCUUAAGUUUUUUCAUUUUUCUUUUGUUUAGUUUCAUGUUUAGCACCAAUUUUAUGCCGUUUGCGUAUUUCUUUCAUUUGUUUUUGUUGCUAUCUUUUUCGUUGUUAUAUCUUAAGGCAUGUGUUCUGUUUUUUUUCUUUCUAAAUUUUAUGUUUUGUGUUGUAGUUAUUCGGACAUUUCAGUUUACCAAAUCGUUCAUUUGAGCGAAAUUAUAAAUUAUUAAAUUAGGCAGAUAAAUAAUGGUAACAAAUAGCAAAUGAAAUCAUGAAAUAAUGGUCGACCUAAUCGUACACAUAAAAAAAACACUAACUCGGUGCUUAUUAACCAAUAAAAAGGAAGAAGACCAAAGCAGAAAGUAACAAUCAAACAUGCAAAUGUUAGCACAAUCAACUGCUAGACCAGUAAAUGACGACUAUAUCGACCAAUCCUUUGCCGACCAAUUACAGUAUAGUUUUUCUUCUUCUCUGUUUCCUGUUUUAUGAUUUUGUUAGAUUUUAUUCUGUUACCCUUUAAGUUUCCCCGUUUGUUUAUUUUCUUUCCCGUAACACACGUUUGUUAACGUUUAGCAUUACGUUAGUGUGAUAGUUACCGUGCAAGAGCCCCAUUUAACGUAUGGCCAAAUGUUUGUUUCUCGUUCUCCCGCCAGGCGGUACAAUCGUAGGCGCACCGUUCGGCGGCUACGCUCCGUUCGGCCAUCCGCCGUCAGCAGUGCUGCCGCCGCCCAGGCACGCCGCCUUCUAUCCGCAACCGAUUCUCUACUGGGGCUACCCGAGCCCGCCGGUUUCGCCCACGACGUACUACAGUGCGGCACCGCCCGGUACGCCGCACCAUCUCGGACCACCGCCGCCGGGCCAUCAAGCGGCGGGCAUUCCCGCCCACAGUCACGCACAGCCCACGAUGCUUGCACUCAGCCCCGAUCAGCGAAGCCCGCAGCGGAGCGCUAAUCAAACCGUUUCGCUCGUAACACUGCCCCCGAGAGCGGCCGCGGGCAAUGCGGGCAGCCCUUCCAGCGGUGAGUCGUCCUCAUCCUCUCCACCGCUGCUGUCGCCCACCGGCUCCUCCAUUGCCACGUCGGGCGGCGGCUGCUCCAGCUCCGGCUCGGUGACGAGCGUUUCGUCUGGCACGGCUCAGCGGCACGGCGCCGGAACGAUCCGCACUUCACCACCGCCAACCACUCCGCUACUCAGCCUACCGCUUGCCGCGACAGCCUCUCAGCCGCUAGCAAUCCCAGCGGCGGUCACUACCCCGACGGCUGGUGGGCUUGCCGGUGCGUACCCCGGCUCACAGCUCUCCCCGAUACAGGCGAUGGCACCGCCGCCACCACCGUCGGUUCACUUUCCGCACGCUUCCCUGAUGGGGACGGCCAGUCCACCGGGCACUGCCGCCGGCACGGCAUUCUACGACCCCCAUUCGCACCUAUCCCACCACCACCAUCAUCCUUCCCACCAUCACCAUCAUCAUCACCAUCAUCAUCCGCACCAUGCGCCCCAUCUGACGCACCAUCAUCAUGAUAAGCUGGUAACGACGGCUCCCAGCAUUCUGACACCAUCGCUCAUCCCGAACCAGUACGUGGAGCUGUUUAUAGUUUAAGUAUUGGCAGGGCAAUAACAUUCCUACUCGAACUCGAAACAAACUACCUACAACAACAAAAAAUGCAGCAAAAACCAUUCCAGUUGGUUUACAACGCGUUAAGAGGACACGCACAUAGCAAUGUUAGAUUUUAUUCGCAUUACUCGAAGAGACGUCGCAAAACAACGGAUGUCCUUAACGUUUUUGAUCGGCGGUGCGAGAAAAGAAUCAGCGUAAUAACCCGUUUAUUAGAAUAUUAACCGAGAGAGAUACACCUACAUUGCUUUCGGCCAAUGUGCGGCGGAGUUGUAAAGGCGCAUCAUUCCCUUCGAGCAGCUCGAUCAUUAUCCUAACCAAGACAAGCAAAUCAAAGUUAGUAAAGUAAGCUUAGUGAGGACAACUGUCCCUGUAGGGUGUACAUUUUAAGCUAGAAUCUGAAGAGAGGGACACAAAACACAGAGACAACCGUGUCAACCGAGUACUCUACCAGACAGUCGUUAUAUACAAAACAAAAGAGCUGUAUUUAAUUCCUAAAGAUGCGGGUGCAUCAACUGCAACAGCACCUGCAACCAAUUGCUCAGUACCGACGCUCAAUGCUAGGGAGAAUGAAUUAGAGGAAAACAGAAGGCUGAUUGGGUGUGUGAGACGUGAAUAGUAGAAAUUUGAAAAGGGGAAUCGCGAUAUAUUAUAUUGCACAUGGUGCAAUAAUGAGGGCCGCUUUGCUGGACAGCAAUGCAACCAUCGCGUGAGAUGUGUGAAGAAUCGCCGUGCUCGGCCAAGGGCUGAACGGAUCAGAUAUUUUGUAAUUUAUUUGUUAAUGUUUUUUUUUCUUCCUUUCGUCAUGUGUGUUUUGUGCGUUUGUGUUAUUUUUGAAAUCUUUUUUUUUUUAUCGAGAGUAUAUAUGUUUAUUUUUAGUUUGUUGUCUAGGUUGUUCCAUAUUACCAUUUGUUAGAAAAUGUUGCCUUUUCCCACGUCCCCAUUACCACCAUUCCGCUUGAACGUUGUUAUAUUCGUCAUGUUUAUUGUUCUUCCUAUUCUCAUUUGUCACAUGCGUAACCGUAUUUAAUCUGCCUAGAGCUACCCAUUGGGAUAUUAUCACACACAUAAAGAAAGCUAAGACGAAACGUUGUAUGCGAGAUAGUACCGACAGCUCUUGUUAGCGUGUUAAAAGAAGAUAUUGAGUUUUUGUUGUAGCGUACUGCAAAACUUCACUUUUACGAACAAACCACAAAGUUUUCAUGUGUUGCAAGUUGGAUAAUGUUGUGUGGUGAAGGCAAAGUAGAGCCUUGUUUUUAUCAUACCAUGUUGACCAAUUUCAAGGAGCCUUCUUUUUCGUGUUAUUGGCUCCAGAGUUGUUAGUUAGCGUAGAAACAACAACCCCUUUAGUUUAUUCAUUAGAAUAUUCAGUGCAAUCAGCGAUCGACCGACCAGCGAUCGAGCUCGUGUUACUUACCAAGCACCAAGUUGCGUAUGAGUUAAUGAUAUUUUCCACCUCCCCACAACGAGUGUGGUGUGUUGUAAUGUAUAAAUGUAGUUAAUAUUUUUCAAUUUUUAUCAUCAUUUUGUAAAAAAAAUCAACAAAAAACCAACUCACGUUUACAAGCGUUAUCUUCCAAUCGUUCCUUUUGUAAACGAGAACGGUAGUGUCAGCACCAUCCUAAGCGAAUGGCAAUGAGAGAGCAUUUAUCGAUAUUGUUAGCCAACUUGUUUUGCCCUUACUUAAAUGUUAUCACUUUACCAUCCAAGCGCACGAUAUACUGCCGGCACGAUAGAUAUGGCACGCUGGCCGAUGGAUAGUUAAAAACAUAAAAAAAAACAGCAGGAAUAUGCUGCCGCUGCAGUCUCUGAACAAUCUCUACCUUUUUUGUAAUCAUUUGCUCAAUUCAAGUUCCAGAGGUGGUAUCGAGUUUCUGCGGCAUUCUGCUGCAAUAAGCAAUAAUGGGGGAAGCCAUUUGAAUGGGGAGCAAAAGAGAGAACGAGAGAAUGAAAGAAUAAAAAAAUAACCCGAAACCAAUAUAAUCCUUGCGUGAUAAGCAGAAACGAUUAGGAUUUCAAAGUGUUCAAAAUGAAGAAUGUUAGGUAGGGAUGCAAAAUGGCUCGAUGCGUUAGGCAAGAUCAGUAGGAGAAGAAGAAGAAAAAAAAACACGUAGGAUCGGGCGUCAAUGUGCAUUCCAUAGAAUAGGCGACUAUUUAGUUGAAAAUUUCAAUAAACUAACCAUUGCAAAGUAAA